CACGCGACUGCAGCCGGCUGUACUCCGCAGACAGCCGGUGUGAAGCAGCAGCAGCAGCAGGCUGACUGUCUUCAGUCGUGAUCAACAUGGAAACCGGCGCUCAGAUAGUUUGCUGAAAGAUUCAGAGACUGUUUCUGUGCGUCCGGCCGGAGUUUACAGAGAAGCAGACGAUCACAGAAACACCAGUUUGAACCUAGAAGCAUGCUAGCUGCGGGCUGAAGCUACACGUGGUAACUUUCAGCUCUUUUCAGGGUAGUUCUGGUAAAAACGGGCAACGGUAGAGGAACAAGUUGGAAAUGUCUCGAUACCAGAAGAAAAACGGGAUACCGGACAGGUGGCUGGACUACAAAGCUGUUGGGAAAAGACUUCACGGGACGCGUUUCAUUGCCUUCAAAGUGCCGCUGAAACAGUCUUUGAACCGCCAGCUCCCGUGUUCUGAUGUCUUUGGUCCCUGGGAGCUGCGGGACACUUUGAACAAAGAAAACUUAGACCUGGGUUUGAUCGUUGACCUGACCUUCACCACGCGCUACUACAACCUACAGGACUUACCGGAGUCGCUGCUGUUUGUGAAGAUCUUCACAGCUGGUCAUGAGGUUCCCAGCGACGAUACGAUCCUCCGCUUCAAACGUGUCGUACGCAAGUUUCUACGAGACAACGCAGAUAACGACAAGCUGAUCGGAGUCCACUGUACCCACGGUCUGAAUCGCACCGGCUAUCUGAUCUGCAGGUAUCUGAUCGAUGUCGAUGGGAUGGAUCCUAAAGAGGCUGUAGAGUUGUUCAACUCCUCGCGGGGCCAUGCGAUAGAAAGACAGAACUACCUAGAAGAUCUACGGUGUGGACCGAAGAGGAGUAACGAGGGGAUGGAGGAGUCUGAGCAGGAGCCAAUGAGAGGCCGCGCUACACAUCGGCCGUUAGACUCUGACGGCAGAGACGAGAGACGACCGCACUUUAAUGACCCCUGGUACCACAGGUCUUUCCCUCCAAGAGAAGAAAACCCUCGCUCACAUCGACAUCACCAUCCACACGACGGCAUUCUUCCCAGUCCGCCAUUGUUGCCCCCACCUCCUUUCUACCCUCCCACGGGAGCCCCUUACUCCCCGCAUCGAUGGACGCCCCCUCAUCCUGACAGUCAGUGGAGGAGACCCCACCGCUCAGAGGAGAGCAGGUCCAGACAUCCUCCAGCAGAGCGGGACUGGAAUCCAUCUUCUCGCUGGCAGGAGGACAGAAGGAGAGCUGCUCCUCCUCCUCCCCUCCCCCGCUACUCCCCACGCUGGACCAAUGAGUCCAACGGCCUCCGAGACGGACCUGAGGAUGAGUGGGCCGGUCCCAAAAUGAGACAUCAACACAGAUAUUCACACAGAAACAGAGCCGACACUUAUGACAACUACUAGUCUGACCUGCGUUUGACAGAAACCAGGACACUGAAAUACUCUCCAGCCGCGGCGUGAUGACGGCCGAUCAUAACACGCUUCUUUAUGGGCCUGACGGAGUGAAAUUAUACAUUAAAUUCAUCUUUUUUUUUUUUGAAUCUGAAAACUGAUUUGAGAAAAUGAAAAGUCUCAGAUGGUAACAAAUCAGUAAAGAUCAGCGUACAACAGAUUCCCGUAGCAGUUACUCAGUUUAAGCCGGCGCCGACGUCGCUUUCACCGGUUAAAACAAACGCCGCCCGCAAUAACUUUCGUUUCGUGAGUUUCUUGAUGACGAGCUAAAAUAAAAAUUGGCUGUUGUCUGGUUGUGUGUUUCACAGAGUGAGACGUCUUCUCUCUCUAGCUGAUCUCGCUUCAGUUUCUCACGUUAAACUAGCUUCGGUGUUUGGAUCAAACAGCUCGUGAGGAAGUUAUUUAGAGAUCAGCUGUCGCAUAUUAAUGUUAGUUCGACGGAACAAAAGUAAAUUAAGUUUGUGUCUGAACUCGACCAAAGAUCCUCUGUGAGAGAAGAAGCUCCACUCUAGACAACCGGAGUGUUUCUGUAGUUCCAACAUCUCCCAACAGAGUGAGACAUCUUCUCUCUCUCUCGCUGAUCUGACAUCCUCCACUUAAUCUUUCAUUCUUAUCAGAUCAGUAAUUUAAGCUUAUGGACGUAAUAUUUUUGAAUCUGGACCUUCAGUAUUUGGAUCGAGUAGUUUGUGAAAAAUAAAGCGUGUCAGAUUUAGGAUAUUUAAAUGUGUCAGACACAUAUUUAAGCAUCAUGUAGAUAAAUCUAGUGUCCAGCUGAAGCUAACGAGCCAAGAAGUACGGCAGACAGUUGAGACGUCAACGUGCCUUUUUCAUUAAGUCAGUCGAAUGUUGAUCCCUCUGUGCUGAGGAGAAGAACUGUUGACACGUUUCCCUGCUUUAUAUUUCAAGUAUACAUUUUGUAGCAUGAUUUGAACGCCCCACAGUUAGGGCUUCAACUAACGAAUAUUUUUACUGUUGAUUAAUCUGGAUGUUAUUUUCUCGAUUAAGCGAUUAGUUGCCUGAUCUAUAAAACAUCUGAAAAUGUUCAUCACAGUUUCCCGGAACAAGAGAUGAGGCGUUCAAAUGUACCAUUAAAAAAAAAAAAAAAACAGAAUGGCAUGUGGAACCAGUGAAAUUUAGACUUGUGUUUUGAAAUUGACUUUUAAUAAUUGAUUGUUCGUUGUAACUGAUCAUUUUCUGCUGAUUGACUAAUCGUUUCAGCUCUACAGGCGGCCCAUCAAGGGGUGAAACGAUCAGUCGAUUGACAGAAAAAUAAUCUGCAACUAUUUUGAUAAUCAUUUUAAUACUUUUUUCAAACAAAAGACGGUGGAAAACUGUCACUCGUUCUUUGGCAUAUUAAUCUAUAAUGAAAAUAAUCAGUUGUUGGAGCCCUAAACUCUACAAACUGGUGGCUACUCAUUGACAAGGAUAUGAUCCCUCACCGGCUUCCCACCCACAGUGUUUGUUGGAGUGGCUAAACUGGGGAUUUCACUACCAGGAGUUGAACUUGUGUGUGUGCGUCACCCUGCCGCUGGUGUCAGACUGUUUUAAUAGACAUGUUGUGUGUUUUUGUUUUCUACCAUGUGGACUUUCGGUCAGGUGUGACCUGGUUUAACUGUGGCCCCGUAGAGCGAGAUUAAAGUAAAUGGAAACCGUC